AUGAAAGAUGAAAUUGCAACAGCUGUUUUCUUUGUCACAAGAUUGGUGAAAAAACAUGAUAAACUGAGCAAACAGCAAAUAGAAGACUUUGCCGAAAAGCUGAUGACAAUCUUGUUUGAAACCUACAGAAGUCACUGGUAUGCCGACUGCCCUUCUAAAGGGCAAGCCUUUAGGUGUAUCAGGAUAAAUAAUAGUAAGGAUAAAGAUCCCAUUCUAGAAAGGGCUUGUGCUGAAAGUAAUGUGGACUUUUCUCACCUGGGACUUCCAAAGGAGAUGACCAUAUGGGUAGAUCCCUUUGAAGUGUGCUGUAGGUACGGUGAGAAAAAUCAUCCGUUUACAAUUGCUUCUUUUAAAGGCAGAUGGGAGGAAUGGGAGCUUUCCCAACAGGUCAGCUGUGCUGUUAGCCGAGCUACAUUAGACUACGCCUCCGGCAUUUCCUCUGAUGAAGAAAGUUGUAACAAAGAACCUCAAAUCAUUCCUAAAGUCAGCAACCCAAAGAGUAUUUAUCAGGUUGAAAACUUGAAACAGCCCUUUCAAUCUUGGUUCCAGGUCUCCCGCAAAAAGAAUAUGGCAGACGGCCGUACGGGCCUCCUAGGAAAUGCUUAUGCAUUGCAUAAAUAUCAUAAGCGUCAGAGGCCUGCUGCUGUGCACCGGGUGGACAGGUACCACUGGGUCAACACGAACCGAUGACGCAGUGGCCAGGCCCUGGUGGGACAGAGCUCAGAGGAGCGGCUCUAUUUCCUUGAUGACAAAAGCGAGUCUAAGGUUGAGCGGCCCAGGAGACAAAAAAUAACCACAUCAGGGACUAGAGUGGCAGAACGGCGAAGUCUCUCGUGCAGGUGAUGACUAUGUUCUUAGCCAUACUUUUAACUCUUAAUUUUAUGUGAAGUUUUAUGUAACACUAAUGAAUGUACUCAGUAAGGUAAUGGAAUGAAGAUAUUGACCUGUGAUAAGAUUCAAUGAAUUAUGAAAAGUAACAGUUUAAAUAAACGUACUAUGUUUUUAAUAA